AUGGCGUUCAGAACUUUACCAAAGAAUCCAUUCCCAUCACAAAACCAAGAAACUUCAAUGCCAUUCAAAGAAGUAGUACUAAAUGGCACGCCGAUCACCCCGAUCCCUGCAUUCCUCGAUUACUGCGAAGAAUACCCGGAUAACAAAUGGCCAAGCUUUCAAGCUAGACGGCCUUGGAACGUGGGAAACAGUGGGAAUUGUCCGUGUGCGUCGGUGUAUACUGGACGCCAUGCUGGGUUGAUGGAAGCUGACAAGAUCGGCGCCCUGCCGGGACAGCCAGCCGGAGUAGAUUUUGAUCGGUAUGCAGGCUAUGUUACGGUGGACCCCAUAGCUGGGAGAAAACUGUUCUAUUACUUCGUGGAAGCGCCACAGAAUUCUACCACCAAACCUCUCGUCUUAUGGCUAAAUGGAGGCCCGGGAUGCUCUUCUCUCGGAUAUGGAGCCAUGGAGGAACUGGGACCUUUCAGAGUCAAUAGUGAUGGAAAAACACUUCACCGAAAUAAGUAUGCAUGGAAUAAUGUGGCAAAUGUUAUCUUCUUGGAAUCCCCGGCCGGAGUUGGGUUUUCAUAUUCAAAAAACUCAUACGAAUACAAUGCCGGGGACAAAAGCGCAGCGAAGGACUCUUAUACUUUCCUUGUAAACUGGCUUCAGAGAUUCCCUCAAUAUGAAAACCGCCAACUCUUUAUAGCUGGUGAAAACUAUGCUGGUCAUUACGUUCCUCAACUCGCUCAUACAAUUGUCUCAAAGAAUAACAGAAAUCAAACAAGAAUCAACCUGAAAGGCAUCGCACUGAGUGAGCUUGUGUUGCAGAUUGGGAAUCCUUGGAUAGAUGAUAUUACAGGCAGAAGGGGCAGAUAUGAGUAUUACUGGUCACAUGCUUUGAACUCCGACAAAACCAUUGCAGGAAUUCGCGAGAAUUGUGACUUCGAUUCCGGUUGGAGUUCACCCAUGUGUAACAACGUUUGGGCCGCAGAGAUCGGAUUGAUUGAUAGUUAUAACGACAUAUAUGCUCCGUCAUGCAGUUUAUCACCACCAAACUCUCCCCAAACUGCUUCUGUCAACGGUUUUGACCCCUGCUCCGACCACUAUGUCGCUGCUUAUCUAAAUCUUCCCGAGGUGCAAAGAGCUCUUCACGCAAAACCUACAAAAUGGGCCUUUUGCAGGUACGCCGGUUAUGCAUGGGGUGAUACCCCACUGUCAGUUUUACCCACCUUAAGGCGGCUCAUAUCAAAUGGGAUUAGGACAUGGAUAUACAGUGGCGACACAGAUGCCCUCGUUCCAGUAACCUCCACUAGAUUCGCUAUAAACCAACUACACUUGACGGUCACUACCAAUUGGAAUGCCUGGUAUUCUGGCACCGAGAUUGGAGGAUAUGUAGAGGUGUACAAUGGAGGACUGACAUUCAUCACUAUAAGGGGAGCUGGGCAUUCAGUUCCAAGCUACCAACCAGAACGAGCACUAACCAUGAUCUCAUCAUUCCUUCAAGGGAAACUUCCCAAUAACCUCAUCAGAAAAUAG